GAGCAAAGUAAAGACCCAGGACUAGAGACCCCACGUGCGCUUCGAAGGAGGACACGGUGGGCAGGCUGCGACAGGUCCGUCCUCAGUAGCCUGGGGAGGGAGAGAGGCUGUGAAUGCUCCUGUUUCCCCGUUUCUUCCAGAACCUGGCCUGCGUACGCAGUGGGGACGGGAGGAGGAGCGUCCGGGUUCUCUGUCUGAGUCCCAGGAUGGCAGCCAUGGUUCUCUCCCCCACCUGCGCUCAGCCUUCCCUGUUCUCAGCCUCUCCUCAAAAAGGAUGCACAGAGGAGGAAGGGUCGGUGCAUGGCUUCCCGACAAGCUGGUUACCGGACUUGGUGACCUUCGAGGAUGUGGCCGUGGAGUUCACGCAGGAGGAGUGGGAGCUGCUGGACCCCUCUCAGAGAACACUGUACAGAGACGUGAUGCGGGAGACCUGCAGGAACCUGGCCUCCCUGGGGUAUCACGUUGAUAAACCCAGUCUGAUCUCCCAGUUGGAACAAGAAGACAAGGUGGUGACGGAGGAGCGGGGAAUCCUCCCAGGCUCCUGUCCAGAUUUGGACACAGUACUUAAAGCCAAAUGGUUAACUCCCAAGAAACAUGAUUUUAGAAAAGAACAUUCCAGUGGUAUAAAAGCGGAAAGAAAUCACCUUGGAGUGAAACUCAACGAAUGUAACCAGUGCUUUAAAGUCUUCAGCACAAAAUCUAACCUCACUCAGCACAAGAGAAUUCAUACUGGAGAAAAACCCUAUGACUGUAAUCAGUGUGGCAAAUCCUUCAGCAGUAGAUCUUACCUUACUAUUCAUAAGAGAAUACAUAAUGGAGAGAAACCCUAUGAAUGCAAUGACUGUGGGAAAGCCUUCAAUGAUCCCUCUUCCCUUAGACUGCACGUGAGAAUUCACACUGGAGAAAAACCCUAUGAAUGUAAUCAGUGUUUUCAUGUUUUUCGCACUAGUUGCAACCUCAAAAGCCACAAGAGAAUUCAUACAAGAGAGAAUCACCAUGAAUGUAAUCAGUGUGGCAAGGCCUUCAGCACAAGGUCCUCCCUUACUGGACACAAUAGUAUUCAUACAGGGGAGAAACCUUAUGAGUGCCACGAUUGUGGGAAGACCUUUAGGAAGAGCUCAUAUCUGACACAGCAUAUGAGAACUCAUACUGGAGAAAAACCCUAUGAGUGUAAUCAGUGUGGAAAAUCCUUCAGCAGUAGCUUUUCUCUUACUGUGCACAAGAGAAUCCAUACUGGGGAGAAACCCUAUGAAUGCAGUAACUGUGGGAAAGCAUUUAAUAAUCUCUCAGCUGUUAAGAAACACGUGAGAACUCACACUGGAGAAAAACCCUACGAAUGUAAUCAUUGUGGAAAAUCUUUCACCACUAACUCUUACCUUUCCGUGCACAAGAGAAUACAUAAUAGGUGGAUAUGAAUACAAUAACUAGGAAAGCAUUCAUUGAUUUCUUAAUUCUCAGACAACUGAUGGGAACUCACUAGAUGUAUGAGUUAGCUGUUGCUGCGUAACAAAUUUCCCUCCGAAGCACAGUGGCUUCAGACAACGUACGUUAAUUAUCUCAGUUUCUGUAGGUCAGGGAUUUGGAAACGGCUUAGCUAUGUAGUUCUGGCUCAGGAUCUAUCAUGAGGUGAGGCCAAGAUGUGAGCUGGAGCAAUGCUCAUCUGAGUCUUUACUGCUGAAGAAUCUUCUUCCAAAAUGGCUAGCUCACAUGUCUGGCACAUUAAUGCCAGUUGUUGGCAGGGAACCUUCAUUACCUCACUCUCCACAGGGCUAUAAGUAUCUUCAUGAUGCAGCAGCAGGUUCCUCCCAAAGCAUUUGAUCUAUGGGAGUGCUAAUGCAGAAGCCACAUUGUCUUUUUCGACCUAGCCUCCGAAGAAUCUGUUAUCACUUCUUCCAGACUGUAUUGCUCACACAGUGUGGGAAGAAACUACACAGGUUAUGUAUAGUAGCAGACAGAUCAUAAGGAACCAUCUGAGAAGCUUGCCAUGAAAUCAGUGAGGAAAAGCCUUUAGCGGAUUCUCGUGCUUUUAACCUAGUCUAUAUGAAGUAGCCUUUAAUAAGUCAUGUUAAUUCACUCUGGAGAGAAACGUCAUGCGUGCAAUCUUUGUGGUAAGCUUGCAACUCAGACUCACCCCAACGUCCACAAAAGAUUACUUGCGGGGAGAAACCUGAAGAAGACCGUAGCUGUAGGAAAGCCUUCGUGCUAUUUCUAGGGAGUCAUGCAACAGUUCAGACUAAGGAGAAAACCUUACGAAUAUCAUCAGAAUGCAGAAACCUUCAUGGACUCCCAUCACUGAGAGCACAUGUGAGAAAUCACUACUGAGGAAUAUUCAUAGAAAGAAUGUGGAAAACCCUUCAGCACAAGUGUUCGCAUUACCGAGCAAAAGAUGGGGAGAGAUUCUGAACACAGUUACUGUGGGAAAGCCUUGAAUGUCCUCUCAGUUUCUAAGAAGCAUGAGGAUUUAUCCCGGAGAGAGAGUCCUGUUGAAUGUCAUCAGUCCUGCAAAGUCAUUUUUCCACAUUCCUUAGGAAGCUCAGAAUUCCCUGCAGACACUUGUGCAUAUAAAGACCAAGGGAAUGCCUUGACUAAUACCUCCUACAUUAGGAAAAAUACCAAGUUUUCUCUGGAUGCAGAAGUUGUGAGUGUAUUAAUUUUGAAAAAUCUUUUAGUGAUUCUUUGUUGAUUUGUGAGAACCUACAUUGGAGGCAAACCCUAGAAAAGUAAUCAGUAGGAGGAUGCCUCAGCUCUUUACUGAGGGGCCACAAAAUCAACUGGGAAUGGAAAGAAUAGUGAGUAUGGGAUUGCCUCUAUCAGUGUCUCAUCCUAAGACUGGGCCACUAAUUCAUUAGUUUUUAGUCUUUUGUUUUAGUAUAAACAUAUAUCUAUAGCUGUACCCUAAAAUAAACCUUAAGUUAUGUCCCAUAGUUUUGUAUGUAAUAUGUUUGCUAUAAUUUACUCUUUAAAAAUAUUAGUACAGAGCAUAUCCAGAAAGGCAUUUCUGGGUAUCUCCUGAGUAAAUUCUUUUCUCGUAGUGGAAAUUAAACUAUAUUUACUGUGUACUUUUCAUAGUUUAAAGGCAUUAUUGUCAA